AUGCCGCCGUCCCCCGCCGCGUCCGCCCCGGCGAGCCGCCACCUGCGCCUCUGGUGGCGCCGCCGCGGCCGGGCCGGCGCCGUCGCGGCCACCUUCGCCGCCGCGCUGCUCGCCGCGGCCCUUCUCCUCUCGCUCUCCUACUUCGCCUCCCUGCCCCUUGCGCCCUCCUCCUCCUCCGCCCUCGUCGGCCUCACCCUCCUCCGCCGCGCCGAGGAGAAGGGCGCGCUGUGCUUGGACGGGAGCGCGCCGGGGUACCAUCUGCAGAGAGGGUCAGGGAGUGGGUCUCAGAGCUGGCUCAUCCACUUGGAGGGUGGAGGCUGGUGCCGAAAUUUGAAGUCAUGCGCUUCGCGCCAGAAAUCGAUGCUUGGUUCUUCCCAUUACAUGGAACGUCAGGUUGAGUUUGCUGGGAUGUUGAGCGAUGAUGAAGAUCAGAAUCCAGAUUUUCACAACUGGAACAAAGUGAAGAUAAGGUAUUGUGAUGGGGCAUCAUUUUCUGGGAACGUUAAAGACGAGUUGCAGAACGGCACAAAAUUCUUUUUCAGAGGCCAGCGUAUCUGGGAAGCAGUUAUGGACGAACUUCUACUGAAGGGCCUCAGACAUGCUAAACAGUUUCAGGACCUGAAGAGGAAGUUUUUGCACUGCAGCUCAAGCAUGGAACCGGGCCAGUGCUUCUUUCCUCGUGAAAUUGUUAAAGACAUCAGGACACCAGUAUUUGUUCUUAAUCCAGCAUAUGAUGCCUGGCAGGUACAACAUGUGUUGGCACCAGAAGCAUCGGACCCCCAACAUUCAUGGCGAGACUGUAGGUUGGAUAUUAGCAAGUGCAGUCCUGACCAACUUGAAAUACUCCAAGGUUUUAGGGAAGAGCUCCAUGACGCGAUGAGAGAAAUCAAGCAGAAAAAGGACUGGGGUAUUUUCAUUGACUCCUGCUUUAUACACUGUCAGACGUUGAACUCUGUGACUUGGCACUCUCCAUCUUCUCCUAGAGUCAACAACAAGACCAUGGCAGAAGCAGUUGGAGACUGGUUCUUUGACAGGAGAGAGGUGAAGGAACUAGAUUGCGAAUACCCGUGCAACCCGACGUGCCACAACUUGGUUUUUUCUAAGCCCUUCAAGGGAUAA